AUGCAAGCCGUCAGCCAAGCCCUCGUCGAUCGCGGCCACGAGGUCGUAUGGCUGACUAGCGCUGAUAACGAAGCUCGCGUUAAAGCCACGGGAGCAACAUUCGUCAAGACUCGAGCCAUUGCCGCAAUCGAUGCGCCGUUCAUCAAAAAUAAUUCAACUGGACUUCUUGAUAGGCAAUUUCACCGACUAAGGUCUCGCGUUGUGGCUCAAGUUGCUGACUAUCGAGCUAUUUUGGCCGAAUUCCCCGCAGACGCUCUGCUUGUCGAUGUGUUUCCUCAUGGAGCUCGCGCUCUACAUGAGCUUGGAGAAAUACCUGUAUAUGCCACUCUAGGGGUCAUUCCAUUCUAUACCUCCGGAGCUGCAGCACCAUUCCCAGUGUCAGGAGAUUCUCCUCCAGCGUCCUGGUUGGGCCUGGUGUGGAACAGCCUGCAGCAGCUCAUUAACCAAUGGAUUCUACUUCCUCUCUUUCUAAGGCCAGUGAUAAAUCAACAGAGAAAGGUACUUGGGCUGAAGAAAAUUCCAUUUGGCGAGCCCGCAGAAUACUUCACGUAUAGUCCUCUUCUUCACAUCCAAGCCUCGUGCGCAACGCUCGAGUUCUCCCAAGAACCAAAGUUUGAGCACAGUAAGCGAGUAGCCUACGUUGGUCCUCUGGUCAGAAUCUCCCCCACUACAUCAUCACAGCUACCUGCUUGGUGGAAAACCGUGGUGUCACAUUCACGAGUCGUCGGAAUCACUCAAGGAACACUCGCCAUGGAUCCUACGUCUCUAAUCAUCCCUUCUGUCAGGGCCCUGAAGGACGACCCAUCCCUUCUGCUCAUUGUUGUAUCGCCGCACGGCAAGGAUGUUGAAGCACAGAUAAGAGAAGCAGUCAACGUCUGCUAUGCAGACUGGUUGCCAUAUCACCUUUUACUUCCGCGCCUUUCUUUAUUGAUUACGAAUGGUGGUUACGGAAGUAUAACCCAGGCGCUUUCUCAUGGAGUCCCUCUUCUCUGUGCGGGCCAAACAGAAGAUAAAAAAGAUACAGCUGCUCGAGUAACAUGGUGUGGCGCUGGCAUCGAUCUCAAGACCGACAAUCCCACCUUGGAUCAAGUCAAAGCGGCCGCUAAUAAGAUCCUUUCAGACGAGAGCUAUUCGGCCAGAGCGAAGACUUUAGGAAGAGAAUUAAAUGAGCAAGGAGGCUCACAAAAAGCUUCUAUUUUGUUAGAAGAGCUCGCGACUAGGCACCAAAAAGUCAUUCGUAGCGACUAG